CGGGCCUUCGGCUCCGCGUCGCCAGGUGCUGCCUGGCUCAGGCUGGCCUGUGCGGCUGCUCAUUCCCUCCCUACCGGGGCGGGGAAAACCGUUUCUCUCCAAGUGCUAGGACUCGGCCCAGCCCACAGCAAGGGACUGAGCAUCUUGCCGUUUCGAGCACCCUCGCUUGAGCGCCAAGAUUCCAAUCCCAUUCCCCUUCCGCAGUAAAUUAGUCUUUCUUCCCUGUAAGUGAGUCCAGUGACCUCAGAGCUCCAAAAAGUUUGGGACUGGAAUCUAUUCUGAUGUCUGCUCAAAGGUCUCUGGAACUUGAGAUGCCUGAAGAACUGCACUAAGGACUCCAAGUCGCCAUCCUCUGUGCUUUCUUCUCUCCAAAAUUGACGAUCCCUUUCCUGUCUCCUCAAACUCACUACUGUUCAAGGUGCCAUGGUCUCCAAAUUCAGGAGUGAAUGGAGUACUGUCCUGUCCCACCUGGUGCUGGCAGCGGUGUCUCUGCACGCAGCGGUGAGCUCUGUACAGUCCAGCCGAGGAGCUGCUGCUGGCUUCCUGCUCCAGACCUUUGCUGCCAUCACUAUGUUGGCCCCAGGGCUGAACACACAUGAAGACUGUCUUGCUGGAGCUUGGGUUGCCACAGUCAUUGGUCUGCCUCUUCUGGCCUUCGAUUUUCACUGGUGUACUAACGGUCACUUGAUGUGCGCUGGCUGUUUUAUCCACCUACUAGCAGAUGCCCGGCUGAAGGAGGAGCAGGCCACAUGUCCCAACUGUCGUUGUGAGAUCAGUAAGAGCCUCUGCUGCCGGAACCUGGCCGUGGAGAAAGCUGUGAGCGAGCUGCCUUCAGAGUGUGGCUUCUGUCUUCGUCAGUUCCCUCGCUCCCUCCUAGAGAGGCACCAGAAAGAGGAAUGCCAGGACAGGGUAACACAGUGCAAGUACAAGCGUAUUGGCUGCCCAUGGCACGGCCCUUUCCAUGAGCUGACAGUGCAUGAAGCUGCAUGUGCUCACCCAACCAAGACAGGCAAUGAGCUGAUGGAAAUCCUAGAUGAGAUGGAUCAGAGCCACCGCAAGGAGAUGCAGCUCUAUAAUAGCAUCUUCAGCCUGCUCAGCUUUGAGAAGAUUGGCUACACAGAGGUUCAGUUCCGGCCUUAUCGCACUGAUGACUUCAUUACACGCCUGUACUAUGAAACACCACGGUUCACAGUACUGAACCAGACAUGGGUCCUGAAGGCUCGUGUGAAUGACUCGGAGCGCAACCCCAACCUGUCGUGCAAGCGCACACUUUCCUUCCAGCUACUCCUCAAGAGCAAGGUCACGGCGCCCCUGGAGUGCUCUUUUCUUCUGCUCAAGGGCCCAUACGAUGAUGUGAGGAUCAGCCCUGUCAUCUACCACUUUGUCUUCACCAAUGAGAGCAAUGAGACAGACUAUGUGCCGCUGCCCAUCAUCGACUCUGUGGAGUGCAACAAGCUGCUGGCUGCCAAGAACAUUAAUCUGCGGCUCUUCCUGUUCCAAAUACAGAAGUAGGACAGGCCCAGACCACCUGAGGAGCAGAGGGCUGCAGUCCAGUAGUGCUGUCCCACCCCUCCCUGGCUUGGCAGCAGCUUCACACAACUAUCUGAUCAUUUUAGCAAAAGAGGCGAACAAACAAAAUCAAACACUGAGAAAGUCUGCAUGCGUGUGCAACGGGGUCCCUGCCUCUGGCUCACCUUCCUCCCCUUUGCCUCCCACCUCCUGCAGGCAGCCAGAGGCUGGGCUGACCACAGUGGAAACAGUACUCUGGGCACCUCAGGUACAGGUGGUGAGGAGGGCAAGAAGCCAACCACCCUUACCCCAGCUCCCAUCCUCACAUCGAGGUGGCACGGUGGUUCCCUGGCCAGGCUCAGGGGCCCUGGCUAACUUCAGACAGCAUAUUUGAUUGCAAUUAAAAAGGCAGCCUUGUUUCCUACUUUCUGUUUUGUUGGAGGGGAAGGUGUGGCUGUGAAUGGACUUCAUGGGAGAUUUGGUUUGGCCUGGUGAUCAGAACCUGUCCUGUCCCUGAUUCUGUACCUAUAUGUGCACCCCAGGAGAGACUUAAGAGGCACUGCCUCCACCACAGUCUUACUAGAGAUUGGGACUAAAGCCUGGCCAGUGAGCCAGAGAGGGGUCCUUCCCCCCACCCCCACCCCCCCAGCCAUUGACCACUCAGAGAAGCAGGACUUGGCUAGUAGGGCUCAGCAAAUGUUUUCGGAAUGCAGGGUGAAAUUCUGUCUCUUCCAGAAAAAAAAAAUUAAACUCUACAGGCUCUUUAAGUGA